AUGGGGGUCAAUCGAGACUUGAAGAAAGCCACCGAAGCUUACUGGGCCGGGAAGGUUCCCCAAGACGACCUGGUCGCCGAAGGAAAGAGACUUCGUUUGGAACAUUGGAAGAUUCAGAAAGACGCUGGCAUUGACAUCAUUCCGAGCAAUGACUUUGCUUUCUAUGACCAUGUCUUGGACCACAUUCAGCUAUUUGGCGUGGUUCCUGAGCGGUACACCAAGAACAACCUGACACCCCUGGACCAGUACUUUGCCAUGGGUCGAGGUCUGCAGAGACCAGCAACCGACAGCACUCCUGCUGUCGAUGUGCCUGCUCUGGAAAUGGUGAAAUGGUUCGACUCAAACUACCACUACGUCAAGCCAACCCUCCAAGACAACCAGACCUUCAAGCUUGCCUCCAAUCCCAAGCCCGUCGCAGACUUUCUCGAGGCCAAAGAGGCUGGAAUCAUUACCCGACCCGUCCUACUUGGCCCAGUCUCCUUCCUUCACCUGGGCAAGGCCGACCGUGGUCACUCCAUUGAGCCCAUCUCGGCUCUCGACAAACUCCUGCCUCUCUACCAAGAUUUGCUCAAACAAUUGAAGGAGGCUGGCGCUGAGACGGUCCAGAUCGACGAACCAAUCCUGGUCUUUGACUUGCCUAAGCGUGUCAAGGAUGCUUUCAAACCCGCGUACGAGAAAUUGGGCAGCUUGGGAAGCAGUGCUCCCAAGAUUGUCCUUGCCACUUACUUUGGUGACAUCGUCCACAACAUUGACGUUCUCGACUACCUGAAGGGUGUCUAUGCUAUCCACGUCGAUCUUGUGCGCAACCCGGAACAGUUUGAGACUGUGGCCGCUGCUUUGGGCCCUCAACAGGUUCUUUCAGCCGGUGUAGUUGAUGGACGAAACAUCUGGAAGACAAACUUCAAGCGAGCCAUCGAAAUUGUUGAGGGUGCUGUCCAGAAACUCGGCAAGGAUCGAGUCAUUGUCGCCAGCUCUAGCUCUCUCCUGCAUACUCCUCACACUCUUGCCAGUGAGAAGAAGUUGGACCCUGAAAUUGCUGAUUGGUUCAGCUUCGCAUGUGAGAAGGCCAAAGAGCUCGCCAUCAUCGCCAAGGCUGUCACAGAAGGUCCUGCGUCCGUCCGAGAUGCUCUGGAGGCUAACGCCAAAUCCAUGCAAGCCCGUGCCUCUUCCAGCCGGACAAACGACCAAGCGGUCAAGGAACGCCAGAGCAAGGUCACUCCAGAGUUGCAUGAGCGCAAGUCUCCCUUCCCUAUCCGUAUUUCUGAGCAGCAGAAGCGUCUGAACCUUCCCCUGUUCCCGACCACCACCAUCGGAUCCUUCCCGCAAACAAAGGACAUCCGUGUUCAUCGCAACAAGUUCACCAAAGGCGAGAUCACUGCUGAGGAGUAUGAAAAGUUCAUUGAGAAGGAGAUUGAGAUGGUCGUGAAGGUCCAGGAGGAGCUCGACCUUGACGUCUUCGUCCAUGGUGAACCUGAGCGAAACGACAUGGUGCAGUACUUUGGCGAGAGACUUAACGGCUAUGCUUUCACCACCCACGGUUGGGUCCAGUCUUACGGUUCUCGCUGUGUCCGACCACCCAUCGUUGUCGGAGAUAUCUCCCGACCUGCUCCCAUGACCGUUAAGGAGUCGAAGUACGCUGCUUCCAUCUCUCCCAAGCCAAUGAAGGGUAUGCUCACUGGUCCUAUCACCUGCUUGAGAUGGUCCUUCCCUCGUGAUGACGUCCACCAAUCCGUCCAGGCACAACAAUUGGCUCUGGCUCUCCGUGAUGAAGUCGUCGACCUCGAGAAGGCCGGCAUCUACGUCAUCCAAGUCGAUGAGCCCGCUCUGCGUGAGGGUUUGCCUCUACGUUCUGGCAAGGAGCGUACCGACUACUUGAAGUGGGCGGUUGACUCCUUCCGCCUGGCAACUGCGGGCGUUGAGGAUGGCACUCAGAUCCACAGUCAUUUCUGUUACUCUGAGUUCCAGGACUUCUUCUACGCCAUCGCGGCUCUCGACGCCGACGUUCUCUCAAUUGAGAACAGCAAAUCUGACGCCAAGCUUCUGAAGGUGUUUGUUGACGAAGCCUACCCGCGUCACAUUGGUCCUGGUGUCUACGACAUCCACUCGCCUCGUGUUCCUUCGGAGCAGGAAAUCCGCGACCGAAUUGCAGAGAUGCUGCAGUACCUGAAGCCAGACCAGCUGUGGAUCGACCCUGACUGUGGUCUUAAGACCCGUCAAUGGAAGGAAACCAAGGCUGCCUUGACCAACAUGGUCAACGCCGCCAAGUUCUUCCGUACUCAAUAUUCCAAGUAA